AGUUGCGGGCCGCGCAUUGCAUGCUAGUAUACUGGACACAGUGGACUACGUUGCGACAGGCGUUGUAUUAAUUAAACUGAUUUAUUAUAUAGUGAAGUGAUGGCUCCAAUCAAUGUAACCGUUAUGGGCGGACGCAAGGAUUAUGUUCCUGCCAAAGAAACACUUCCAGAGGUGGACGCGGAAGGCAACGGAAACGGAAAUUCAGCGAAAGGAUACUCAUACGAGACACUGCAGGAAACGGCCAAUUUCUUACUCGCGCGCAUCUCCAUCCGACCCACCAUUGGCAUCAUUUGCGGUUCAGGGAUGGGUGCGUAUUGGAAAGACGGUUCGUUGGCGGAAAGCAUCGUGGACGCUGAAAGUAUCCCCUAUGAAGAGAUUCCGAAUUUCCCAAUAAGCACCGUGGAAGGCCACCACGGAAGGUUGGUGUUCGGCCGACUCGAUGGCGUGUCUGUGGUCGCCAUGCAGGGACGUUUCCAUUAUUAUGAGGGAUAUCCAUUAUGGAAGUGUUGCUUACCAGUUCGUGUGAUGAGACUUCUCGGAGUAAAGACCCUAAUUGCUACAAAUGCGGCUGGGGGACUGAAUCCAACUUAUAAAAUUGGUGAUUUGAUGAUAGUAAAAGAUCAUAUAAAUAUGAUGGGUUUUGCUGGCAACAAUCCUCUGCACGGGCCCAAUGACGAGAGAUUCGGACCUCGGUUUCCACCUAUGAACAAAGCAUACAAUUAUGAAUAUAGAAAGUUAGCUAAAGAGGUGGCUAAAGAAUAUAAUAUAGAAAACAUCGUUAGAGAGGGUGUAUAUACGUGCCUCGGAGGACCGAAUUUCGAGACAGUGGCAGAGCUGAAUAUGUUGAAGAUGGUCGGAGUGGAUGCCGUUGGCAUGUCAACAGUUCACGAGGUAAUAACUGCAAGGCAUUGUGAUAUGAAUGUUUUUGCUCUAUCGUUAAUCACCAACGAGUGUGUCACAAGUUAUGAAACAGAUGAUCAAGCUAACCACGACGAAGUACUCGACGUAGGACGUAUGCGUCAGGAUAUACUUCGCAAGUUCGUAUCCAGACUAGUCACUAGGUUCCACCAAAUCGACAACGCGUCUCUAUAAAUCUCAAAAAUUCAUUGAGACCUUUUAUUUUUUAAUAUUUACGAUUUGUUUCGUUUUUUAUUUGAAACAAACUUCAAGAACUUAAGGUUCCUACAUAAACACUUGUUUAAAUGUCUACUUUUAAGAAAUUACGUGUAUUAUUAAGAAAUAUUCGUCAUGCAAUGACUUUUAAUUAUCAACUUGUUCUUAUGACCAAUUGGUAAUCAAUACAACUGAUAGAACUGUGUAGAAAUAUGUCUACAUUGGGAAACAAUGGCUAAUAUCAGCAAUUAAUAAAGCGGAUUAUGAUUGUUCACUGGUUAUAGUUAAAAUUGAUGAACAUUCACAAAUCGUUCACAAGUGGAUAGCUCGUUAACUUAGGUGAGUUUUCGAGUUAUCGAGUAAAUACUCGAUAUAUCGACAAAACAAUUCGGAAUCGAACAGGGUAACUUAAAGCGAAGUUAAAUAGUGAUAAAAUACAAAUAUGAUACUUGCAUAUUAUUUGAGUAUACACUUACAGUCAGUUGCGGGUUUACCAGCAGGCUGUGUGGGUUGGAGCUUAGGGUUAGUUUUCAAAGACGGCAAUUUUUUUUUUAAGUUAAAAUUGUAAUUAAUAUGAUUAUGAACUAGUGUAUCGCAUUGUAAAGAUGUAGAGGGCAAAAAUUUAAUAGUCUACUCGCGGUCAAUGUAUAAAUUCGUCAUCGAUUGUACUCAAGAUCCAUUAGUAGACCUCUCACAAAUAUCACUAUACACAAAAUAGACAAUAAAUAAAUUGACGCGUAUUAUGUGCAAUUUAGAAACAAUGAUUAUAAAAAAGAUAUAAGCAUGUAAAAUGUAACAUAUUUUUUAAAAGUUGAGAGUAGCCGUUACACAUACAUAUAUGUGUAUAAUACAUAUGAUUGCAUCAACUUCUUAAUCUGGGGAUUUCAUUCAACUUUGCCGCUCCGGACUUGUGAGAUGCCUAAUCUACAAAUGAAUAAGAAUUUUUUGGUAUUAUGCAUUUAAAUAUAAUUACAUCAGUGAAUAAAUAAUUAAUACACCUAUGUAUGAUGAUAGUAAUUAUAAUAUUAAAUAGUAAUAAGUAUUUAUUUAUAUAUAAAAUUAUGUUAUGUAGGUAUCACAAAUUAACAAAUGUAAGUUACAUACUUAAUAAACAUUUAAAGUAAGAUACAUUCUUCCAUAUGCAUAUCUAGCAUACCGCAGAGCUUUUAAGGUAAACACGUAAAAUACAUUAAGUAAUAAAAAAAUUAUGUGGGUAGAUACUUACUACAGACCUACUCUAUGCAUACAAUCGACUUUAUAUAUUAAUAACAAGGUAUUCUUAGGUAAGUUUACCUAAAAAUACCUUGUUAUUAUAAUUAUAUAAGCCUGUAGAUAUUUAUAGAACACUGGUCUUUAGUUACUUGUUUUAUUUUAUUUUAAACUUCAUCACUAGAGGAGUUAAGCUUACCAGUAGAGAUAAACUGUGUGAUACCAGAGGAAAGAGUAAAUACUCGAUGAAACUGGUGUGUACACAUCUAUUUUAGUUUCCAUUCAUAAACACAUACUAAGUACAAAAGUAUAUAAGUUACUUUGUAUUUAGGUAAGCAUAUUUAUUACUUAAUAAAAAUUACCAUACUGUUUCCUCUUCUUAUUAUACGCACACUGCCCGCUGGUAAUUGAUGCUACUUUCCACUCAAGGUUUGCUGGAUGAAAACUCUUACAGAGUUAAGCUCUUCUGUUCUACACGCUUGUUUAAAAUAAAUUAUAACAGUGUAAUUUUUGUAUACAAUAAAGUAUAAAUAAAUAAAGAUUACCAGAAU